CAGAGCUCAGUGACUGAUGUAUAUGUAACUGCCAAAAGUGUGUUCGGACUUGGGACUUGGGACUUCGGAAGCCGCAAACUGAUUGCUACGAGUACAACUACUUUUCGAAAACUAGGGCUCCCAACCCAACGCCUACUCUUUCACUUCCUCUCUUCGUCUUCUGUCUUCUGUCUUCUAAACAGGAAUAAUUAGGCAGGUAUUUUUCGCACCGGAAGCCCUUCUGAUGCCUGUUAGAGUGGAAAGAAGUUCCAUUUUGGGCAGUAUUAUCGAGACAUUAGUUGGGAAUUGAACAGUGUUUUGAUAAGUAGGUUGAUAGAGAUAUGUCGUGUGAUACUGCAAAGGAAAAUGCAUCUGUAGUGGACUCAUCUGUUACUGAAAGGAAAGAAGACAUGGGGAAUUCAGAUGAGCCAGAGAGUUCAAGUCACAAAGUUCCCGAGGGGGUUGAUCCAUCUAGAUCAGAUGAAGUGGGGCACUCUCAUGAUCAUGUUGGGGAUUCACCUGCAAGGAAAAAGGGUAAAUUGUAUGGUACACGAUAUUUCAUCAUUAAGAGUUUGUCUCAUGAGAAUAUCCAACUAUCGAUUGAGAAAGGAAUUUGGGCUACUCAAGUGAUGAAUGAACCAAUUUUGGAAGACGCUUUUCAUAAUUCUGGUAAAGUAAUUUUAAUAUUCAGUGUCAACAUGAGUGGUUUCUUCCAAGGGUAUGCACAAAUGAUGUCUUCUGUUGGAUGGAGGCGAGACAAUGUAUGGAGUCAAGGAAGUAGUAGAAGUAAUCCCUGGGGACGCAGUUUUAAGGUCAAAUGGCUGCAGUUAAAUGAUCUGCCUUUCCAACAAACUCUUCAUCUCAAGAAUCCAUUGAAUGAGUACAAACCUGUUAAAAUUAGCAGAGACUGCCAGGAGUUGUCUCCAGAUGUUGGAGAAGCUCUCUGUGAGCUUCUUGAUAGGCAUAAUGAUCUAAACGGUCUGAAUAGUAAUCACAUGGAUGAUUUUCCCUCAAAAAGGCCCUGCGUAGAGCCUCCAUGUUCGGUAGGGGAAAAAGAGUAUAAUAUGCCAGUGCAUCUCUCGUGGUCGCAAACUCCCAUGAUAUAUCCUUCCAUGCUUUAUCAACAACAGCCUGAAACAAAGAGAUUUCAUCAAGCGAAUCAGAAAUCUACUGAUAGCCGGCCAGCUAGUGUUCUGACUGAGGAUGAUUUUCUUGAAAUGUCUUAUGAAGAAUAUCUGGAGGUCUAUGGCAGAAGCAGGAAGGAACUAUAUCAGCCUGGUUCUAGAUCACAGAAGUCAUCCAGAAGUAAAAUGCACGAGGAUGAUUUAAACUCAAGUUACGGAGGUAACCACAGCUGCUCAAGGAAAAGAGCUCAUCAGUCAUCCCAUAAGCAAUCACAAUGUUGACGAUGCAAGCUGUGCUUCUCCCUUUUUUUUCUCGGAAAAUAGCUUGUCAUCUGAUGGAGUUUUGCAUUUCCUUCGGGGCAAAUAUUCGGUUAAUUCAAUUGUUUGGCCGACCUUUGUGUCGUGUUGUACACAUUUGUAUCUUGUUUUAUGUUCCAUAAUGGGGGCUUGUUACCACAGCUUGUACAGUAAUUCAAUCGGCAACAUUGCCCCAACCCUUCCUCCUCCUCAUUGACCUAGAUUAGCUAUAUCAUAUAUGAAUCCUAUGAAUCUUA